UGCUAAAUGGUUUUGGAACAUCGAAUUUGUAAAAAUGAGUCAAAACAUAGACGAUUGUAGUGCAAACAACCCUCAUGUUGGUACCAUUUACAAUUCUGAAAGCGUUCCGGAAUUGCUUAUAAGUAAUAUAAAACUCUUAGAAGAACGUCUUAGGCGUUACGAAAAUGAAGCAGGUCAAAAUAGUAACAGAGUUUCUUAUUUACGGAAAAACAGAGAAAAUGAUGUAUCAAAUGCAAUUAUUAAUAUUGAAGAUUCAAUGAAUGUUGAUCUUUGUUUCGUUCUGGAUUGUACAGGCUCUAUGUCUCGUCAUAUUGAAGCAGCGAAAGAGCAUAUAUUAAAAGUGGCUAGUUACAUAGACAGCAAUAAUUCAAAUAUCGGAUUCUGGGUUGGUUUCUGUGGUUAUCGUGAUCACUUGAAUUGUAAUGAUCGCUUACAAAAUUUUGAUUUUACUAGCUCUCUCGAGAAAUUUAAAACGUAUAUAACAAAUAAAGUGGUGGCUAUAGGAAACAAUGAUGACCCAGAAGAUGUCUUAGGCGGUCUUAAUGCUGCAAUAACUGAGAUGACGUGGUGUAAUACUACUCGUGUUCUCAUUCAUAUAGGCGAUGCGCCACCACAUGGUCGUCGUUUUACAAACUUAGAUGAUGAAUAUCCAAAUGGUGACCCAAAUGGUCUAGCUGCAGAAAGUAUGCUAAAGAUCAUGCAACUAAAAAACAUUUUAUACUACUUUGGAAAAAUUAAUGAUUCUACUGAUGUUAUGCUUAAUGUAUUUCGCGAAAUAAUUGGAAAGUUUCUUAUAUUUGAUCUUAUGACUACAGGAUAUAAUCCUGAGCAUAUACUCUUUACAACGAAAAAACUUAAGACUAAUCCACAUGAACCUGAUUGGACUACUCAUCCAGAGAAAACAGGAAAACUUUUAUGUUAUAUUCUACCUAAAACUCUGGCUGAAGUUAAAGAUGAAUAUUAUUUUAUUAAUUCAAGCUUUACUGAACGAGAUAUAUCUUUUAAACUUGCAUCGCAACCAUUCUCCAUCGGCGCUGAACGAUAUGCUUAUUUCGCACUUGAUACAAGCCUUGGACGAGCCAAUAAAUUAGUUGCAAAAAAGUUUCACGAUAUUAAAAUAAACUCAAUAGAAAUGUAUUUAGAAUCAGUGGAAAUCUCUAAUAUUGCUUAUUUUUUUUCAACAAAAUUCAAUAUAGCCACAGAACGGGUCGGUGUUAAUAAAAAAGUUACGUUUGUUGAUGUAAAAGUCUUAUACGAUAAAACAGAUAAUACUUACUACUCUGUAAAAAAAUAUAUUAAUAAUGCAGAAUUUAAAAAAUUUAACGUGAAUAGUGGUCUAAUUACGGAAUUUCAUCCAAUACUCGAGGCAUUUGCUCAUUUCACGUAUCAAUAUUCUGAAGGAUAUUUGGUGGUUUAUGACUUACAAGGCGCCGAUCUCGAUAGUGAGUUUUUGUUAACAGAUCCAGUUAUACAUUGUGUUGAUUUAUUAAGAUUUGGAAUAACAAAUUUAGGAAAGGGUGGAAUUCAAAAAUGUUUUUUGGCAAAACAUAAAUGCAAUGAUAUUU